GUUUGUAAUGGACAGCCUAGAAAGUUCGGUUGUUCCUUUGUCAUCCGUGUGUACAUAAUUGUUCCAUUUAGUCGAGAAGAGGCAUCAUGUUCUGAUCACUUUGUCACAAAUCUUUGACAUCUUCACAUCUAGUCCACGUUACAGUCAUUCUCCACAAUGGAGUUUUCCAAAUCUUUAAAGUUAUACUUGGUGACAAUUUUUUUUCUUAAAGUUGCCACCACUUCGAUGGCUUUUGUAAUAACGGCUCGAGGGGACCAGUUAUCUUCCACCACUCGAGAUUACAGCGGGCAAGAUUUUGACGAGGAAUCGACCACCAUUUCCCCAAAUUCCGGUGAUAACGGAUUAUCCAACCCAGUUCCAAAUGUCACCAGGCAAAAUAGAGAAAAUUCUACAAACAUAGUGGAAUUGCCACCUAAAAAGGAAGAACUUCCUACGCAGCCACCAGCCAUACAAAUUGGGAGCAAACCCAAUAUUACAAUAUCACAUAAUGCACCAAUUGUGGUGCAUACAUAUGCACCGGGUGUUAAUUUGGUAACCCCUGAAUUUCUCAAUUGGUUAUUAAUGAAUGGGUAUGUUAUCCAGCCAGACGUGUGUGACUGCUGAAAGAAUGACAGAGAUGCGAGCGAGAGGCUGUCGGAAAUCAGAAUAAUUAUUUAUUCAUUGAAUGGACACACUUAUAUUGACAUCCAAUUUCAUACAACAAUUCCUGAUUUAGAUUGGAAACUGGGACACGGAUAUUGAAGAGGCAGGAAUGCCGAUACUCAUAUAUUUAGAAUAUUUUUGUGACCAAGGCUGUCAUAAAACGAAUUAUUGAUACAUUCUUACAUACAUGCUAAAUUAGACCUUUUAGCAAGGCAAUAAAAUGUGAAGAAUGAUUUUACAUCCUCUCCUAUUUUCUAACAACGUGAACUAGUGUUAUCAGCCAUUAGGCCAUAUUUUUUCACGUGAACGAUUCCAGACACAAUUAGGAUAUUCAUCUCAACGUGGUAAUGGUAGGGGACUUUGUAAAUUUCAAAAUUUUACAAUUUAAACUUACCUCUGUUAAAUCGGAUCCAUAUUUUCACGUAUUUUCAUUUUCGACAUGUUUCCUAUCCUCUAAUCUUAAAUUUAUAAUUAAUUCAUAUGGAUUCGUCUUUACGCCGGCUGGACGAGAGUGACUGGAUAUGCUGUCCAUUGUACAUAUACAUUGUUUAUGUUACAUCAAAGCUCUAACUUUUACUGGGGUAUUCAAAAAUUUUCUUGGUCUCUGGAUUUUUUAUAAUUUGGGAUGAAUUAAUUUUAUAUAGGGUAGUGCAGUAUGUAUGUAUAUCUAUUUCAGUUACAAGCUUCAGAAUAAAACGUUUAACAUAUAUUCUUUAGAUUAUCACUUAAUUUAACCCAAUGCCUACCUACUACGUGACAUUCACGCAGUUACCAAAACAAGGUCCAACGACCGGCUACGUGAUAGUCAUGUUGUUGCAAAAAUGUAAUUAGCAGCUAUAUUUUGAAAAAAUAAAAUUAUUUUGAACUUUCUCUCAUA